CCCCAGACCAACAGCACCAAAGGCAGCGCCGGCGUCACCAGCCCCAAGGGGACGCUGCCGCCCGCAGCGCUGGAGCCUCAAACUACAGUAAUUCAUAACCCCGCGGACGGCAUUAAGGAGUCGUCCGACAGCACCAACACCACCAUCGAGGACGAGGACACCAAAGCCCGCAAGCAGGAGAUCAUUAAGAUCACAGAGCAGCUCAUCGAGGCCGUCAACAACGGGGACUUCGAGGCCUACGCGAAGAUCUGCGACCCGGGGCUCACCUCCUUCGAGCCCGAAGCUCUGGGCAACCUGGUGGAGGGCAUGGACUUCCACCGCUUCUACUUCGAGAACCUGCUGUCCAAGAACAACAAACCGAUCCACACGACCAUCCUGAACCCCCACGUCCACGUCAUCGGGGAGGACGCGGCGUGCAUCGCCUACAUCCGCCUCACGCAGUACCUGGACGCGCAGGGCCGCCCGCGCACCAGCCAGUCGGAGGAGACGCGCGUGUGGCACCGCCGCGACGGCAAGUGGCAGAACGUCCACUUCCACGGCUCGGGGGCCCCCGUCGCUCCCCUCCAGUGAAGGUGAGGGCGGCCUGCGGGGGUCCCGCCGCCUCCGGACCCCUCUGAGCGCCCCGGCCCCGUCAGCCCACCCCGA